AUUAUGGACCUUGAGUUGUGACCGGUAAACCUUCCUCCUUUCCCCUCCCCCUUCCCCUAGCUAGGUCCCCUUCUUCUCAAUCUCUCGCGCACCUGUUUCUCCUCCAGCUUACAAGUUACUACAGACCCACAAGCACAAUUCCCCCCAGCUUUCACUCUUGGAUUCAAAUACCAGCAGAGCUGCUAGCUAGUCGAUCCAUUUCAAGCAUGCAUGUACUACAUGUGCUUAUUAACCAUCCUGUCGAUUCCUUCUAGCUAGUUGCAUAAAAUAGUGCUGUUAGAUCUCGAUCCUGUUUCAUGGUACAUACAUACAUGGAACACAGAUUUUAAUUUCCCUGCCCUUUCUUCCAGCUCCAGAUGGUUUCUAGCCAGCUAGCUAAAUACAAAUCCCUUGACUGAAAUAUUCCCUGUACGUACGUACUUGAUGAAUCAAUCAAACUCUCUCCAUUCUCCGUCUCCCUUGGUUUCCCCUUUGAUCCGCGUUCCCAAAGUUCUAUUGGCAUAAGGAAAGCACGUGUAGCUGUAGGCUGUAUCUCCGAUUCGGGCGAGCGAGUGCACGGCCCUCUAUAUAUGCCUUGUACAAGCACCAAAUCCGCUCCUCAAACUGCUGGACGUGUACUAGCUCUGCCGCUUUGCGCUUUUCUAAUCAUCGCCGCAGCGUCGCAAAUUUGUUGCCUUCCAUUCCACCCACCUCGCGACCCCCCUACAUGAUGCAGUUCACCCAUGCUGCAGUGACUGCACCGCCUCUCUACCCUAAUGGGCACCACGGGCUAGGACUAGGGCUCUUCCUUGACGUCGGCGCGCCGAGGGCACGCCCCUGGCCGGCUGCUGGGAGCUUGUUCCCAACGCUGCCGCCCUCCUCCAAGAUCUCCCUGGGGAACCUCAACAGCGCCGGCUGCAUGGAGCAGCUUCUGGUGCACUGCGCCAACGCCAUCGAGGCCAACGACGCCACGCUUACGCAGCAGAUCCUCUGGGUGCUCAACAACAUCGCCCCCGCCGACGGGGACUCCAACCAGCGGCUCACCGCGGCGUUCCUCUGCGCGCUCGUCGCGCGCGCUUCCAGGACGGGGGCGUGCAAGGCGGUGACCGCGGCCGUGGCCGCCGCGGUCGAGUCGGCCGCGCUCCACGUGCACCGCUUCACGGCCGUCGAGCUCGCCAGCUUCGUCGACCUCACGCCUUGGCACCGGUUUGGCUACAUGGCCGCCAACCACGCCAUCCUUGAGGCCGUGGAGGGCUUCUCCGUCGUGCACGUCGUCGACCUCAGCACGACGCACUGCAUGCAGAUCCCGACCCUCAUCGACAUGCUCGCGAGCCGCGCCGAGGGCCCCCCGAUACUCCGGCUCACCGUCGCCGAUGUCGGGUGCAGCGGGCCACCGCCGGCGCUCGACAUGUCCUACGACGAGCUCGGCGCCAAGCUUGUCAACUUUGCGCGAUCCCGCAACGUGACAAUGGACUUCCGGAUGGUGCCCACCUCGCCGGCCGACGCUUUCACUUCCUUAGUCGACCAGCUCCGGGUGCAGCAGCUGGUCUCGGACGGCACCGAGGCGCUCAUCGUCAACUGCCACAUGCUGCUGCACAGCGUGCCGGACGAGACGGCCGGGUCGGUGAGCCUUACUCAGUCGGUUUCACUCCGGACCAUGCUCCUCAAGUCCAUCCGAACCCUCGACCCAACGCUGGUCGUGGUGGCCGAAGAGGAUGCCGACUUCACGGCGGGGGACGUGGUGGGGAGGCUCCGGGCGGCGUUCAACUUCCUGUGGAUCCCGUACGACGCCGUGGACACCUUCCUGCCCAAGGGGAGCGAGCAGCGGCGGUGGUACGAGGCGGAGGUCGGGUGGAAGGUGGAGAACGUGCUGGCGCAGGAAGGGGUGGACAGGGUGGAGCGGCAGGAGGACCGGGCGAGGUGGGGGCAAAGGAUGCGCGGCGCGGGGUUCCGGGCGGUGGCGUUCGGCGAGGAGGCGGCCGGGGAGAUACGGACAAUGUUGAAUGAGCACGCGGCCGGGUGGGGUAUGAAGCGGGAGGACGACGACCUCAUGCUCACAUGGAAGGGGCACAACGUUGUUUUCGCCUCGGCGUGGGCACCGUCGUGAGCUAGGCGACGUGCGGGAUGCAUUGCGGUUGACAAGGUGAGUGAGUGUGUAGGUGUAUGCCCGCAUUGCUUGCAUGGAUAAUGUGGUUUAGGGUUGGUUUCUGUGCAUGUUCAUUAUAUGAAAGAUGGUCCUGUUAAAUUAGUUUUUACUACUAGCUGAUUCACUGCAGAGAAGUGAUCAGUUUGAUCAUUGUAAUGAUAGACUCUCACAAAUACACCGUAGAAGAAUGAACAAAGGGAACCUUGGAUCAUUAUGGAUCCCACUCAUGAAAAA